AUGAGCAGGCCAGAAGACCCAGCCCAGCCAGACCCUGAAAGCUGCAGAGGUGCCAUGAGUACUGAGGAAGAUGCCACGUGGAUUCAGUGGGUGACACACCAGUUUGAGACCAUUGUGGGAAAAGACUGGGAGAUCAACCUGCAAGAAUUCAAAGCAGCCCUGAAUGUGAACGAGUCCUUCUUUGCCGAGACAUUCUUCACCCUGUUUGACCCCGAUGGAGGCGGCACCAUCACCCUCCAGGAGCUGCUGGAGGCCCUGACCCUGCUCAUCCACGGCAACCCCAUGGAUAAACUCAAAUUCCUCUUCCAGGUGUACGUCGAUGGCAGCGGCUCCAUCGUGGAUGAGCUGCGCACCGUGCAGCAGUCGUGCGUGUGCGAGAGCGCCAUCUCGCGGCCGGACGAGAAGCUGGACCAGCUACUGGAGCUCUUGGAGUCGGCCAACAAGGACUGCAACCGCGCCAGCACCUUCGACCCCCUUCGGAACGAGCUACAGCGCUUCCCCGGGGUCAUGGAGAACCUGACCAUCAGCGCUACCCACAGGCUGAUGCCCCCUGCCCCCCGCGCCCAGCCGCGCCGGCACCGUGCCCGCCCUCUGACCUCCGCCUAUUGGUCCAACCACCGCAGCCACCUGCUCUGUCUGGCCGCCGACGCGGGCCUCCACGUGUUGCUCUUCGCGCUGGUGGCCAGUGCGCACCGGGCCCCCGGCCCCUGCGUCAUGGUGGCCAAAGGCUGCCAGUGCCUCAACGUCGACUGUAGCUUCAUCGCGGUGCUGAUGUUCAGGUGCUGCCUGACAUGGCCACAGGCCACCUGGCUGGCUCAGAUCCUGCUGCUGGACUGGAACAUCCAGUUCCACCAGCUCAUGGGCUACGUGGUGGUUGUGCUCUCCCUUGUGCACACUGUGGCCCACGUUGUGAGCUGUGUGUCCUAUAGGCCCACGCUCCAGGCUCAGUCCGAGGCCAGCGCCUUCCUGUUCUGGGAACUGCUGCUCACCACCAGGCCUGGCAUCAGCUGGGUCCAUGGCUCGGCCUCCCCGACCGGUGCUUGUUUGCUCCAGCUCCUGUGCCCCUUCUUGGAGCUGCAUAUGUACAUGACCUCUGCACUGGGCAAGCAUGACAUGAAGGUCAGUAGCCUGCAGAUGGCCCUUGACCUCCUGGCCGAGAAGGAGACGAAGGACUCCAUCACAGGCCUCCAGACAUGCACCCAGCCUGGGCGGCCUGACUGGAGCAAGAUGCUCCAGAAAGUGGCUGCUGAGAGGAAGGGCAAGGUGCAGGUCUUCUGUGGCUCCCUAGUCCUGGCCAAGGUGCUCAAGGGCCACUGUGAGCAGUUUGGCUUCAAAUUCUUCCAAGAGAACUUUUAG